AAGGGCGCGUCAGCCAUAAGAAGCCAUACGUGUGCGAGCCGGUCCCCACUGCCCCCGCGGCGUUGUCACCAUCAUCCUAAGGCCACUGGAGCAGCCUCGGGCGCUGCUGCCUGGGAUCCGAACCCGGGGUGCGUCGGGCUCGGCAGGCUGGCACUCAGACCCAGCGCGCAGGAUGGCAGGCAAGUACGUCCUCAGUCCUACCCCCGGGUACCCAACACCGCGCCUGUGAGUGCCAGGACCGGCAUUCACAUUUCAAACCUACAAGAAAGAAGAGGGCCUCCCAGGUCAUCCGCAUCAAGUUCACUUCAGUCUCUUCUGGAUCUUACUCAAAUACACUCUGGCCCCUGGGCCAUUCUCCAAGAUCCCAUCUGCUGUGAGUGCUAGACCAGAUUCGGGGGCUGCCUACCUGUACCAAGAGCAGCAGCAGCACUGCCUUACUGGGUUCCUCUGUCCCUGAGACCCCGAAAGGAGAGUCAAAAGAUAGUUCAAUUUUAUAUCACCAAGAUGUGCCCCUGCCCAUUCCACUGCUUUGGGGGCCAUCUCCCAAAGCCUAGGGACCAGGUAUUGAUGCCCUACUGGGUGCCCCAGGUCCUGAGGUCUUAGCAGCAGGUAAGGAGGAGGAGUGUGAGGAGGCAGGAGAGUUUGAAAGGCAUCCAAGCCCCGCUGGAUACAUGUUCCUGGCACAACUGCUGGCGGAUCUGUGGUGACGGGCGCCUGCUGCUAAUGGCUACUCCAGGCCAGGACGAGCUGCUGGCUUCUCCAGCACGCCUGCUGCCCCUCAGCUUCCUGUCCCUCCUCCAGGCCAUCCCGAGGGUCAUCGUGGCCAUUCGGUGAGCAGGUGGGGGAUG